AUGCUCCAAACACUACUUUUCACAAGUUUCGUAUUCGUUCUUGGAACGUGUGAAUCUACUGAACUUGUCAGAUCAAAACGACAGUCAUAUUAUUAUAUCUGUGGAAUCUAUCCAAACCAAUUUUAUUCAGCUUCUCCUUGUGCACAAAAUGAUGCCAGCAGGGGAGAAUGCUUGAAUGGCGGUACGAAAAUAGGAGUUGGAUGUUAUUACGAUUACCAGUGUACACCAUAUGCAAAUGGUAGGUCUGUUGAAUGUUCGAACUACUGUUGCUGUACGAAGCCUCGAACCGCUACACAGGCUCCGAAUUUGAGCAGCUUCGCUUAUUGUGUUAAUGGUCAACGUUCCAAUGUGAGAUGCUCAUCGAACUUCGGCUGUAGCUCUGGCCAAACAUGCCUGAACGGCUUAUGCUGUACAACAACAGGAUCUGAAUGGCAGGGAGCUUGCGGAGGAGUUGGAGCAUUAAGCGUUUGCAGUAAUAAUGCUUGUAGAAAUAGUUUUUGUUCCACAUCAAAUUACUGUUGUGAGUGCCAGUAUGGUCGAACAAGUGGAUUAUGCACAAAUGGUUGUCCAUCUGGAUACUCUUGCUCAUCCAACAAUUAUUGUUGUCCAUUCUGCCCAAAUGGACAAGCACCAUAUGGAACAUGCUAUAAUGGCUUGUGUGCAGCUGGAUACACCUGCAGACCUGGAAAUAUUUGCUGUAAUUUUUGA